AGAUUAUUUGAAAGUUUCAAUUUCAGUGAUUUUCUGAUUCACUUGGUGGUAUCCUUUCACUUUCCAGGAACUUAUGUUGAAGAACAUUGUUCAGGGCCAGAUAAGGCAACUAAAUGCUCCAAAUGUCCUGAAGGUGCUUUUAUGUCUCAACAGAAUUAUUUACAAAAGUGUUUUGGAUGCCAAAGAUGUCGUUCAAGCUUUCAGCAGAUAACACAGUCCAACUGUACCCAUCGGCAAAACACUGUUUGUGGUUGUGGCGAUAAUCAGUAUAAGACUACCAGAAAUCCUGAAUUCUUAUGCAAGAAUUGCAGUGACUGUCAAAAUGGAAAAAUCAGACAACGCUGCACCACAUAUAGUGAUACAAUAUGCGAAUGUCACUUUGGAUUUUUUCUUCAGGCAGAUCAGAACAAGUGUGUUCCCUGCAGCAGAUGCAAUAAGGAAGAUUGCAAGGAACUAUGUGAGGCAGUCAAGCCAAUUAUAAGCCCACCAAAUUCCACAGAGCUUGUAUUCGUCCUCAGUUUCCUGAUUGCCAUCCUUGGAUUUGGUUUCGUAUUACUGUUAGCAUGCGUAUUCAUCAAGAAAUAUUUCCCAGAAAGACAGUACUUCUCCUCCUGUACUUCAACAAGUCAACAGCCAAAAAAGCAACUUGCAUCCAAGACUGCAGAUAAAGCAAAGAAUUCUCUUUUGGACAUAAAAGAAGACAAGGUCUGGGGUACCGCACAAGUACUACCACUAGGUCAAGGCCAAGGUCAAGAACUGCCAGACUGCAUAAAAUCUGCAAGAGAGACCCCAAUUUCUGAUUGUCCUGUGGUUUUAUAUACUGUGGUGGAUCGUGUACCAAUGUCCCGGUGGAAGGAAUUUGUGAGAUACUUGGGACUGAGUGAAAAUACAAUUGAGAGAAUUUUUAUGGAACAACGGCAUGUGCGGGAUGCACAAUAUGAGAUGCUAAAAGAAUGGAGACUGUUGGCAAACCGUGAUGCUACUGUGCAGCGCAUCAGUCAGGUUCUCAGUCAAAUGGAGCUGAGUGGAUGUAGUGAGGUUAUUCAGGAAGCACUAGCCAAACAGUGAUAGACAUUGUGUUAUUUGCUUCCUUUCCAAAGAGAACUCAUUGACACAUGCAUAUUCUAUCUUCAUGAUGUUUCUUUUCCUAUU